CUGCUGCCAGUCCAAGCCGCACGAGCGCAGCGGAGAGGAACAGCUUCGCACUCGCGACUAAAGCUGCGCGACCUCGGCGAACCCGUCAGCAUCCUGCGAUCUCACACACACACACACACACACCCGGAGACAGCUGAUGGCGUGUUAGUCCUGGUCCUCUAUCCUCUCUGUUUUCUCCUCGGGAAGAUGGAGAAGAGCACGAGAUGCGCUACCUGGUGUCGCCUCGCGCGCUGUGUGUCGGUGCUUCUCCUGUGCGCUCUCCCGCGGGCGCGCGCUACAUCCAACCUGCCACCGUGUCGAGAGGGUGACUAUUACUUUGAAUACACGGAGUGUGACAGUACAGGUUCACGCUGGAGAGUGGCCAUUCCUCAUCAACAGGGCAGCUGCAGUGGCCUACCAGAGCCUGUCAGAGGCACGGACUGCACGUUCUCCUGUGAAUCGGGAGAGUUUUUAGAGAUGUCCUCUCAGCAGUGUACCGCCUGUGCAGCAGGCUCCUAUUCGCUAGGCAGCGGCGUCCGUUUCGACCAAUGGGAUUCCAUUCCUGCCGGGUUCAGCAGCUUAGCCACCUACAUGGAGCCUGAAGGAGCCGCAGAUGAAACUCUGUCCUGCAACAAUUCCACAUGGACACCUCAGGGUACUCACUUAGAGUCGAAUCGGGACGAGUGCACCGUUUCACUUGUGUAUGCGGUUCAUCUGAUGAAACAGGGCUCCGUCUCCUUCGACUACCAAUACGUAGACAACAACAUCUUCUUCGAGUUCUUUAUUCAGAAUGAUCAGUGCCAGGAAAUGGACCAGUCAGCAGACCAGAAAUGGAUCAAAAUCACGUCUAAUGGUGAAUGGGGAACACACACGGUGAACCUGAAGUCAGGAACUAAUAUCUUGUACUGGAGGACCACAGGCAUUCUGCUGGGAGGGAAACCUGUGAAGCCUGUCCUGCUGAAAAACAUACAGAUUGAAGGUGUUGCGUAUACGUCUGAGUGUUUCCUGUGCAGACCAGGUACCUUCAGUAAAACCCCAGGAUCGUCCUUCUGUGAUCUCUGUCCCAGAAACACCUACUCGAGUAAAGGAGCUAGCUCAUGUACACUGUGUCCUGAGGCACAGUAUUCCGAGGAAGGCUGGGCGGAGUGUAAGGAGAAGCCUCCAUGCUCCGAGAAAGAUUACUUCCAGAUCCACACUGCAUGUGACUCCAGUGGCAAAACACAGGUGCUGUAUCGAUGGGUGGAGCCCAAGGUGUGUGUGGAGGAUAGAGCUAGAGCGGUCACUCUGCCCCCUUCAGGAGAGAAGGAAGAUUGUCCACCGUGCAAUCCAGGCUUUUAUACACAUAAUUCAUCCACAUGCCUGCCCUGUCCACCUGGGACAUACUCCAAUGGCACCACAGAAUGCCAGGCCUGUCCAGCAGGAACGGAGCCAUCAUUAGGAUAUGAGUAUAAAUGGUGGAAUGUUUUACCCAACAACAUGAAGACUUCCUGUUUCAAUGUGGGCAACUCGAAAUGUGACGACAUGAACGGCUGGGAGGUCGCCGGGGAUCACAUUCGCAGUGGAAUUGGAGGCUCUGAUAAUGAUUAUCUCAUUCUCACGCUACGAGUGCCUGGAUUUAAACUUCCAACGUCUGUAGCCGGAGUCACAGCCAGCGAGUUCGGUCGAAUCACGUUCGUCUUUGAGACGAUCUGCAGUGCAGACUGCGAACUCUACUUCAUGAUGGAUGUAAACAGGAAGAGCACAAACGUAGUGGAGUCGUGGGAAGGCACCAAAAGCAGACGCGCAUACACACACAUCAUGACUAAGAACGCAUCUGUGUCUUACACGUGGGCCUUCCAGCGUACCAACAAGCCUCUAGAUGCCCGGCGCUAUGUGAGCGACAUUGCCAAGAUCUACUCCAUCACCAUCACCAACGCUCUGGACGGCUCGGCCUCGUCCUGCCACGCCUGCGCCAUGGUGAGUCAGGAGAGCGGCUCGUCCUGUGUCCCCUGCCCUGCCGGACACUUCAUAGACAAAGAUACUAACCAGUGUCAGGAAUGUCCUCCAAACACCUUCCUCUCUGGACAUCAUAUCUACGGACAAGAGGCCUGCCAGCUGUGCGGCCCUGGCAGUAAGAGUAACAAGGAACACUCCUUGUGCUACAGCGACUGCUCCUUCUCCCAUGUGGAUCAGAACCGAACCCUGACCUACGACCUCAGUGCCUUAAGCUCAGUGGGAUCCAUCAUGAAUGGACCGAGUUUCACUUCUAAGGGAACGAAAUACUAUCACCAGUUCAACAUCAGCCUGUGCGGUGCAGAGGGUCAGAAGGUGGCUGUGUGCUCGGAUAACGUCACCGAUCUGUCCAACAAAGACACACAGAGUGAAUCAGCUGCCUUCAACAAUUACGUGGAGACUUUCAUCUGUCAAUCAACCAUCAUCCCAGCAGAUGGACGGGGCUUCAGGACAGCUAUCUCCUCCCAGUCCAUCAGUCUAGCUGAUACCUUCCUCGGAGCCACAGUUGAAAUCACUCUGAAUGGAGUCAGCAUUAGACCGGAUCUGUUCCCUGAAACGUCUCAAAGACUUCCAGAUAUCAACUUCUUCUUUCAUUCUCCGCAGGUGACGGCGUCCUGUGAACACGGCCGCAGUGCCGUCAUUACGCUGCGCUGUAACCCUGAGAAAGGAGAGCGGGGAGAGCUUACUGUCCCCAGUAAGUGUCCUGCAGGUACGUGUGAUGGCUGUACAUUUUACUUCCUGUGGGAAAGUUCAAGCGCGUGUCCCAUUUGCACUAAAGCAGACUACCACUCGAUAGAGGGAGCGUGCAAGGGAGGCAUGCAGGAAAUCCUGUACGUAUGGAACGAGCCGAAGCUGUGCACGAAGGGUGUGUCGCUCCCGGAUAAGAGCUCCACUGCCUGUGAAGCUGUCCCACUGUGGCUGAAGGUUGGAAUAGGGGGCGGGGCAUUCAUAGCCGUCCUCCUCAUCUCUCUCACGUGUUAUUUCUGGAAGAAAAACAAGAGGUUGGAGUAUAAGUAUUCCCGCCUCGUGAUGUCGGCCAAUAAGGAGUGUGAGCUGCCAGCGGCAGACAGCUGUGCUCUGGCGGAGGGAGAGGGAGAGGAGAAUGAGGACGAUGUUGUUUAUUCAAACACGCCAACGCUGCUGGGGAAGCUGAAGGCUAUCGCUAGCAAGGGUGAAGGAACCAGCAGUGAAUCUGUGCAGCUGAAGUCGUCUCAGGCAGAGAGAUGGGUCUGGGGUUAGAGUGAUGGGGUCAGGAGGAGCACAGCAACAACAUCAACAUCAUCAUCAUCAUCAUCAACAACUUACUCUUCACAAAGAGAGGGAGAAUGAGAGAGAGACUUGUAGCCGGGUGCUCGGGCAUUCAGGCUCUCCCGCAUCUCUUUAUUCAUCCGAAAUUUCUCAACUGUUUACAUAUCUUCUAAAAUCCAGCGCAUAAACAUCUCCCUUCAUAUCAUUUCACAAGAUGAUCUUUUGCUCCCUGAUACUGAGUGCUGUAUAUAUUUACACACACACACACACAGAUUACACAAUAUAAGAGAAGCGCUGAUUCUCACAGAAUCCUUAUUUGUAACUCAAGCAAAAAUGACAGCCUUUAUUUGAAGCCGCUCCGUAAAGGAUAUAAACAUUCCAGUGAGCACUAACAGUGAGCACAGCCUAAAUCACCUUCAUGCCACUUGAGCCGAGAGAUUCCAGAUGUGCAGUUUUAUCUUAUCAAAACCCGUUAGCUAACCCGUGCCAAGUCAAACUGCUCCUCGAUUCAGGAUUAAUGCAUUCACUAAUCAUGACUUAAAACACUGGAUCUCACUACUCCAUCAUUUCUGGUUAAAUAACAAACAGCACUGAUAACAAAUUCUGCUUUAAAUGACACUCGAAUGCAAAAGUUUGCCCCCCCCAUACAGAAGUGCAUACAGUGUUGCUUACAAGAAAAUCAGAACAGACAAACUCAUAGCAUAUAUAUUUCAUUGGGCAUGACAAUGACAGUUUAUAUAACAAGGCAAUAUUUUGUUUGAUGUCGUCUACUCCUCCAUUUUUGCCACCUUCUUGUUCUCUCUUGAGUCUCAGUUCAGUUCAAUUUAUUUAUCUAGCGCUUUUCAACCAGGGAAAAUUUUCUCAAAGCAGCUCUACCGGAAUAUAGAAACAUGGAAUAAAAAUGAGGGUUUAGUGGAUAGCACUGUUGCUUCACAGCAAGAAGGUUCUGGGUUUGAAUCCCGGGUUAGAACAGGCAUGGGCUUUUCUGUGUGGAGUUUGCAUGUUCUCCCCGUGCCUGUGUUUCCUCCCACAGUCCAAAAACAUGUACAUUAGGUUGAUUGGUAAUUCUAAGUUGCCUGUGAGGUUGUCUGUCCAUAUGUGACCCUGUGAUGGACUGGUGACCUGCUCCAGCAGAUCCCCCUUUAUUCCUAAUUAGGAAUUAAAUGGUUAUAGAAAAUGGAUGGAUGGAUUAAAAAUGCUAAAGCUUAAAAUUAAAUUAAUAUUUAUGCGUAAUGAGCAAGCCUGAGGUGCCAGUGGUGAGGAAAAACUCCCUGAGAUGAUAUGAGGAAGAAAGGGAACCUCAUCAUCAUGUGGGUGACCCUGGACAGUAAAUAAUGUCCUUUCUAUAACAGUUUAUAGUCACAAAACCGGUGGAAAGCAAGAGUAACGGCUAGAGAAACAAAUUCAUAUCAAAAUGUGUACAGUAAUAUGUUUUGGUUAACUAUAAACCAUUAAAAAAACCAUAGUGACUAUAUCCUUAAAUGAGACAGAAAUCCAAAAUUGAAGCCAUUUAAACCAAUACAAAAAUAGUUGAAAGUGAAUUAAAAGGUAAACACUUUAAUUAAAGGGCUACAAACCAUCAUUAAAUGUUUUCCCAUUUAGAAUAUCUAAAAUAUUCGGCCAUUCUUACGAUGAUGCGACAUCUAUAAAAAUCGAACACACUAAAGAAUCUGUAGCUACAAAUGAUCUUCAUUUGGCUUUAGGGGUGUACAAACUUUUGCACUCGACUGUGAGAAGACGAAUGAAACUGCUUACCUUUCAACACGAACACAGAAACUCAGACUAGAUGAAAACACCACUCCCUGUCCAGCGGACAGAGGGAGCCAGAGGAAAGGCGUAGCUGCAGAGCUCCCUGCACAGAGCUUAGCUCCACCCCCUGACUAUGAGACCCCCCUUAACUUUGUGUUACCAUGGAUACUGUGGAGGGCAAGAGCCGUAGCCUAGGUUUUCUAUUUCCUGUUUUGUAUUGCUGUGUAUUAUGAGUUCUUGUUUAAAGAUUUUUUCCCCUUCUAAUGUUCAGCUAAUGCUUUAAUAAACUUUCAGAAUGCUUUA